AUGGCUUCGUCUUCGGCUAGGCGGCAUCGCCUGGCCGAGGAUGCCGUUGUCGGCCAGUUUGUCAUUGGCGGCGAAAUCGGCAAGGGCAGUUUUGCCCAGGUUUCGGGCGCUGUCGUUGCCGUCAAAUCGGUCGAGCUCGCUCGGCUGAACAAGAAGUUGAAGGAGAACCUCUAUGGUGAGAUCAAGAUCCUCAAGACCCUGCGCCACCCACACAUCGUCGCGCUGCACGACUGUGUCGAAUCGGCUACCCACAUCAAUCUCGUCAUGGAAUACUGCGAGUUGGGCGACCUGUCCAUGUUCAUCAAGAAGCGCGAGAAGCUCGUCACCAACCCAGCCACACACGACAUGGCUCGAAAGUAUCCCAGUGCUCCCAACUCGGGCCUUAAUGAGGUCAUCACCCGCCAUUUCCUCAAGCAGCUGGCCAGUGCCCUCAAGUUCCUGCGCGAAGGCAACUUUGUCCACCGCGACGUCAAACCCCAGAACCUCCUCCUCCUCCCGUCACCCCAGUUCCGGGAUGUCCACAAGAGCACUCGUCCUAUCCUUACCGCUAGCAACGAUUCUCUCAUCCCUGUCGCCGGCCUGGCGUCUCUACCUAUGCUGAAGCUGGCCGAUUUUGGUUUCGCCCGCGUCCUGCCCUCCACCACUCUCGCCGAGACGCUAUGUGGCUCGCCCCUCUACAUGGCACCCGAGAUUCUCCGCUACGAGCGGUACGAUGCCAAGGCCGACCUGUGGUCUGUCGGCACCGUCCUGUACGAGAUGGUGUGCGGCCGCCCGCCGUUCCGGGCCAGCAACCAUGUGGAGUUGCUGCGCAAGAUCGAGGCGGCUGAGGACCUGAUCAAGUUCCCUCGGGACUGCAUUGUCACCACAGGCAUGAAGAGCCUCAUUCGCGCCCUGCUGAAGCGCAACCCUGUCGAGCGUCUCAGCUUCGAGAACUUCUUCAACCACGAAGUCGUCACAGGCCCCAUCCCCGGUCUGGUAGAAGACGACAUUCCCCGGCCCGAGCGCCAGCUGCUGGAACGUGUCCCUGAGCGCCGCUCCACCAGGGACCUGCGGCAAGCUCCGACAUCGGCACCGACACCUUCAUCCUACUCCAGCCCGGCUGAACCAGCAGCACCGGCGACGGCAGCCGUCACAGCCUCGGCGACACCGCCAAGCCGAAGGCACUCUUUCCGUCGAUACAUUCCCGAGAGCGCUUCAGCCGGUGCCGAUAGUGACCGAGAAGUGGCAGCAGCAAUUCCGGCUUCGCCCCGCGAUCGAUCUAGCCGCGGCGACCCUGGCGUCCAGCGGAUGAGCUACUCACCGAGACACCAUGACAUUCCCGACGGCCUCGGAAUCCGACGACCACAGGCACAGCCGUCGGUGUCUGCGCCAAGUCGGCCAGGGCUGCAUGAUGAUCGGAAACAUCGGCUGUCAAGCGCAUCUCUCAAACAGCAGUAUAUGCAGGGUAAGGACCAGCUGCUGCAAAUGAAGAAAGAAAAGAAAAAACCGACAGCUGACAAUGCCAUCCCUGCAGAAGCACCACGGAGCAGUCGUGGAGCCUUACUCUCCGAGGAACAGGAGCGGGCAGCCCAGGACAUCGCCUUCGAGCGGGAUUAUGUUGUCGUAGAAAAGAAGCACGUCGAAGUCAACGCGUUUGCCGACGAGAUGGCUGCCAACCCGCGACUGACGGCACAGUACCAGGUUCUCGGAGGCAGCUCGACGACACCGCCCAAGACGAUGGUACGCCGUGCCACACAGCAGGGGCACCCAACAUCAUCUACCGGGGCCAUUGCGCCAACGCCUUCACGGGCCAUGCAGGUAGCCCAGGGCGCUCUCUCACGGCCAUACCACGGCGAGCGGCAAACCUCCAUGUCUGCCAGCCCGAAUUCGACCACGUCGUUUAUCGCCAAGGCAAUCCACGACGCCAGCUUCCGACUGCUGGGUGUCAAGAACCCGGCCGCCCUGAUUGGCAAGGGUGCUUCGCCGCCACAGCUUUACAGCCCGUUCCCAUCCUACCCCACGCCGUCAGGGCCUCCGUCAGCGGCGCUCCUCACAGACGGCAGGCCGGGCAGUGGCGUUGACGACGGCACCGGCUACGGCGGCGGGUCGGCAAUAGCGACAGGCGCUUCUGCCAACGGAGACGCACGUGUGGCUCUGCUGAUCGAGGACUAUGCAACACGCAGCGACGUGGUGUACGGGUUUGCCGAGGUCAAGUACAAGCAGCUGAUGCCGCUGGCGCCAUCAGCCGAGCACGAUCUGAGCGGAUUGCCGGCGGCAGACAAGCUCAACACGCAGGAGGACGAAGACGAGCUCACGAUCGAUGCGAUCGUGGUGCUGUCGGAAGAGGCACUCGUGCUGUACGUCAAGGCACUCUCACUGCUGGCCAAGUCGAUGGACAUUGCCGGCAUGUGGUGGAAGACGAAGAUGCGCGACAUGCCGGGCGAUACUGGCCGUGGCAGCAGCGGCGGUGGCGGUUAUGUGGCAGUGGUGCGCGACUCCCCGCUCGGCCAGCGCAUCAACGCAGCAGUCCAGUGGGUGCGGUCGCGCUUUAACGAGGUGCUGGAGAAGGCAACGUUUGCGCGCGAGCGACUGCUGGAGGCGCAGAGGCGACUGCCAGUGGACCACCCCAGCCACCCAAGCAACCACAACCGGGACCCAGUUGGCAGUGCGGGCAGCUCUGGGGGGGUGAGCACAGACGGCGUGUUCCUCAGCAGUGGUGUCAGUGCCGAGAAGCUUAUGUACGAUCGCGCAGUCGACAUGAGCCGGUCGGCAGCCAUUGGCGAGAUUUCUAACGACGAUCUGGCUGGCUGCGAGCUGUCGUAUGUGACGGCCAUCUGCAUGCUGGAGGCGGUGCUCGAUACAGACGAAGACGCGACUGUGACCCCUCGACGGAAGGUGUCUGGUGGCGGUGGUGGUGGCAGCUCUGGCUCGUACCGGGAUGAGAAGUCGAUGCGUGAGGAAGACACGGGCGACAUCAAUAUGGAGGACCAGAAGACGGUGGAGAUGAUGAUCACGAUGAUCAAGCAGCGGCUUGCUGCAGUGCGUAAGAAGGCCCGUCUCAUCUCGAGCCAUUCACGAGCGGCACAGCAGCAGCAUCUCAUCCGACGACGCAGCGGUGAUGUGACUCCUCGCAGCGUUCCAUCGCACGCGUCGUGA